CGUUGCGGAACGCAAAAUCUUUAAACCCUUUAGGAAAGUGUAAAACCCCUACGAAACCGAAGCUGAGACCUGAGAGCAGCAAAGCGAGGCGGCAAUGGUGAAAUCGUACCUGAGGUACGAGCCGGCUGCGGCAUUUGGAGUAAUAACUUCGGUUGAUGCGAACAUCAGUUACGAUUGCUCGGGGAAGCAUCUGCUUGCUCCGGCUCUAGAGAAGAUCGGUGUAUGGCACGUGCGGCAGGGUGUCUGUACUAAAACCCUGACUCCUACACCUUGGUCUCGUGGUCCUUCCCUUGCUGUCACCUCCGUCGCCUCAUCUACUUCCUCUCUGGUAGCAAGUGGCUAUGCAGAUGGAAGUAUAAGGAUUUGGGACCAUGACAAAGGAACCUGUGAGACCACAUUGAAUGGACAUAAAGGUGCUGUAUGUGUACUGCGGUACAACAAACUUGGAUCUUUUCUUGCAUCUGGAAGCAAAGAUAAUGAUAUAAUAAUAUGGGAUGUGGUUGGCGAUACUGGCCUUUUUCGUCUUCGGGGGCAUCGCGACCAGGUGACAGACCUUGUGUUCCUGGACUCGGGUAAGAAACUUGUCAGUUCCUCAAAAGACAAAUUUUUAAGAGUAUGGGACCUUGAAACUCAGCAUUGCAUGCAAAUAAUCAGUGGCCAUCAUAGUGAAAUUUGGUCCAUAGAUGUUGAUCCAGAUGAAAGACACCUGGUCACCGGUUCAGCUGACCCAGAACUUCGCUUUUACACAAUUAAGCGUGACCUGCCUAUAUCUGAUGUAAAUGAUGGAGCUUCUGUUAGUCAAAAUAAAUGGGAGGUUUUGAAGCAAUUUGGCGAAAUUCAGAGACAAAGCAAGGAUAGAGUUGCGACCGUCAAAUUCAACAACUCUGGAAACUUGUUGGCUUGUCAAGUCGCAGGGAAAACAGUGGAGAUUUUCCGUGUACUGGAUGAUGCUGAAGCAAAGCGAAAAGCAAAACGUAGGCUUCACAGGAAGAAAGAGAAGAAAUCUAAAAAAGAACUUGUUGACUCUACUGAAGCUAAUGACAUAAUCCCUGAAACUACAGAUGGAAACAACCCAAUAGUGACAACUCCUGAUGUUUUUAAACUGCUUCAAACAGUCCGGGCUGGCAAAAAGAUAUGUUCCAUAUCCUUUUGUCCAAUUACUCCAAAGAGCUCAAUGGCCAUUUUAGCAUUGUCAUUGAAUAAUAAUUCAUUAGAGAUUUAUUCUAUCGAAAACAAUGCAACAACAAAAACAGUUGCUAUUGAACUCCAAGGACACCGAUCUGAUGUCAGAAGUGUUACUCUUAGCACAGACAACACUCUUUUGAUGUCAACUAGUCACAAUGCUGUAAAAUUUUGGAACCCUAGCACCGGUUCUUGCCUUCGAACUGUUGAUUCUGGUUAUGGGCUGUGUGGUUUAAUUCUUCCUCAUAAUAAAUAUGCACUUGUUGGAACUAAAGCUGGAGCAAUAGAAAUUAUUGACAUUGGAAGUGGCACUUGCACUGAAAAAAUGGAAGCACAUGGCGGUUCUCUUCGGUCGAUUGCUGCAAUUCCAAAUGAAAAUGGUUUUAUCACGGGAAGUGCAGAUCAUGAAGUCAAGUUCUGGGAGUACCAAAUCAGACAGAAACCUAGUCAAGAUUCAAAGCGCCUAAUUGUGUCACACACAAGGACUAUGAAGAUGAAUGAUGAUGUUCUUGUGGUUGUUGUUAGCCCAGAUGCUAAAUAUGUUGCCGUUGCACUAUUGGAUUGCACGGUCAAGGUGUUCUUUAUGGAUUCUCUUAAGUUUUUCCUUUCAUUAUAUGGUCACAAGCUGCCUGUGCUAUGUAUGGACGUUUCAUCUGAUGGAGAUUUGCUUGUUACCGGCUCAGCUGACAAAAACUUGAAAAUUUGGGGUUUGGACUUUGGUGAUUGCCAUAAGUCUAUUUUUGCUCAUUCUGAUAGUGUUAUGGCAGUGCAGUUUGUUCGCAGUACACAUUACUUGUUUAGUGUUGGGAAAGAUCGUCUGGUAAAAUAUUGGGAUGCUGAUAAAUUUGAGUUGCUUUUAACUCUUGAAGGACAUCAUGCAGAUGUAUGGUGUCUAGCAAUCAGUAACCAUGGCAAUUUUUUGGUUACGGGGUCUCAUGAUCGAUCAAUACGCCGUUGGGAUCGUACUGAAGAGCCAUUUUUCCUUGAGGAAGAGAAAGAGAAAAGGUUGGAAGAAAUGUUUGAGUCUGACCUUAACAGUGCAUUUGAAAACAGAUAUGCACCCACAGAAGAAAUACCUGAGGAAGGAGCUGUGGCUGUUGCAGGAAAGAAAACGCAAGAAACUCUUACGGGUACUGACUUAAUAAUUGACGCCCUAGACAUAGCGGAAGUAGAGUUGAAGCGUAUGGCUGAACAUGAGGAGGAGAAAAAGAGGGGAAAAGUUGCUGACUUCCCACCAAAUGUUGUCAUGCUUGGACUCUCUCCAUCGGAUUAUGUCCUCCAUGCGCUUUCAAAUGUUCACACCAACGACCUAGAGCAGACUUUACUGGCUUUGCCAUUCUCAGAUGCUUUGAAACUUCUAUCUUACUUAAAAGAUUGGAUCUCGAAUCCUGAUAAGGUGGAGCUCAUUUGCAGGAUUUCUACAGUACUGUCGCAGACACAUCAUAAUCAGUUAGUUUCCACUCCUGCUGCUAGACCCGUGUUAACUUAUCUCAAAGACGUUCUCUAUGCAAGGGUCAAGGAAUGCAAAGAUACUCUUGGUUUCAAUCUUGCUGCGAUGGAUCAUCUUAAGCAAUUGAUGGCUUCAAGGUCAGAUGCACUCUUUCGCGAUGCAAAAGCGAAGUUACUAGAAAUCCGUUUGCAGCAUGCAAAAAGUGUAGAUUCAAGAGCAUUGCCAAAAGAAGAAAGGCGGAAAAAGAAAAAACAGAAGAAAUCAGAUGAUAUACACCCUUGGAGUUGAUUAAGAGAAUUUUGUUAGAAAUGGAUUACACUCGGUAUUUAUUCAUCACUACUAAUGACAUGUCAAGACGGCCCAGGCAACUUCAGUAUUGCAAAUUAGUGGUCAAUCGAGCCUCGAGACUCGAGAGGCCUCAAGUGAGAUUUGGUUUGCACUUGAAGAACGGCCCCAAAUAUAUCCUUCUGAUAUAGAAAAUCAACCAUAUGGUUUCUUUCUUGUUUUGUGGUUGAAACCUACAGUUCUGUUUAUAUAUCCUCUUUACUGUGACUGUAAAAUAGAUAGCAUCUUUAUUUGAGCUAGAGCUUCAAGUUGUUAUCCUUGGUAUUUAUUUAACCAGUUAUGGUCAUUAAAAAAUUUCCUCUA